AUGUCAUCCCACAGUUUUCUUAGACUUUCUGCCGUAUCGACUCAGCUUGAAGAUAAUCCUAUGUCGUCCACUACUCAGGUUGCCAAUCAGUUACCCUGGAACCCUAACAACACCAAGUUCCCUUCGCAGAAGGAACUUCCAAAUAUUCCAGGCGCGCCCGACGGUGCUGCUUGGGUCUGGGGCAAAAAUGAUGAGGUUGGCAGAUUAAACCUCUUGACGCCGCAGCGGGUCAAGGCAUCUACUGCUGAGAUCGAGACUGGCGAGAUGGUGCGACUGGAUCUUCCUCUCAACGUCCCUGAGAAGCCGGCUUUUGGCCGCGAGGUUUUCCAGCAUAGCAUCAAAACACUUCUUGAGGGCGUUGUUUAUGACGAUACUUACUCUAUGAACACGCAGAGUGGUACACAGUGGGAUGGAUUCAGGCAUUUCGCCCACAUUGAUAGUAAGUGUUUCUAUAAUGGGGCCAAAGGCAGCGACUUCGUAGGCGAGACCGCGAACAACCGCUGCAGCAUCCACCAUUUGGCAAUUCACGGAAUCGCCGGUCGAGGAAUCCUCCUUGACUACCGCCACUAUGCCAAAACACACAACAUAGCCUACGACCCCUACACAACACACAGCAUCACCAUGUCGGAGCUACAAGCAUGUGCGGCCUCGCAGGGCCUAGAUCUCCGCCCGGAGUCCGAAAGCGGCGACGUCCGCAUCGGAGACAUCCUCCUCAUACGCUCCGGCUUCGUGGAGCGAUACUACGAGAUGAGUCCUGAGCAGCGGUAUGCAGCUGGGGCAGCGCCCCACGAAGAUCUGUGCUUUGCGGGACUCUCGCGCGAGCCGGCUCUCCGGGACUGGUUGCAUGAUUGCUAUUUUGCGGCUGUGGCGGGUGACUCGCCGACGUUCGAGGCGUGGCCGGUUCCUGAACACGAGACCUUUUUGCAUGAGAGCUUGCUGCCGCUGUGGGGUGUUCCUAUUGGCGAGAUGUGGGAUUUGGAAAAGCUCGCUCAGAAGUGUCGGGCGAGGGCAAAGUGGACUUUCUUUAUGACUAGUUCUCCGGCCAAUAUGCCUGGUGGAGUUGGUACCCAUGCGAAUGCCACUGCUAUUCUUUAG